UAUUCUUUUCUUAUAUGUUAAGUUGUCCCUAAUAUUACUUUGGUAAGGAGCAAGAUUUAUAAGUAUAUAUGUAAGUAGAUACUAAUCAGCUGCAAAUUCAUCAAAAAGAAAGAGAGAGGAUGAGUGAAAAUGGAAAGCACGAGUUGCUCCAUCAUAUCGUGGAUGAACAUCCACUUAUUCGCACCCAAGCAGUUACUAACAGUGAAAUAUGUUAUGCCUGCGAGAUGCAAAUCUUAAACGGAGAGACGAUCUACGAAUGCAGUGAAAAGUGCCGGCCCGGGAUGUACUUACACGAAGGAUGCGCAGAGAUGCCGCGAGAGAUCUGUCACACCCUCCACCCUCAACACACCCUUGUCCAACAACGACUGGGUUUUUAUCCCUUUCCCUCAUGUUUAGCAUGUGGAGGUAUUAUUACGGAGAUUGCGUACUCGUGCGGCUCGUGCGAUUUCCAGAUCCACGUAAAGUGCGCGCACAGCAUGGACAUGGUGGGUGAGGCCAGCUUCACCAAACAUCCCAGCCAUCCACAGCAUCACCUAAAGCUGUUGCAGAAGCCGGGCCUCAGGUGCGAUGCUUGCGGAGUUGUACACCCAGGGAACUCCUAUAUCUGCACCGUUUGCGACUACUGCAUCAAUGAGAGCUGUGCCGCCUUGGGCCCUACCAUGAACCGCCUCCUCCACGACCACCCGCUCUCCCUUGCUUACCGUCUUCCACUAGAAUAUAUCGACUACCGAUUCAGGUGUGAUGUGUGUUUCAAGCGAUUUUACCCUUAUUAUUGGGUCUAUCAUUGUGUCAUUUGCAGAUAUGUUGUCCAUCUCAACUGCGCCACAAUAUCUCAUUCUCCCUUCGUCAAGAGCAAUAAUGAUGGAAAUGUCCUUGCGUUGCCCACAAAUGACGUAGCGGGAGAUGUGAUUGGAGGUUUUAUUAAGAAAUUAGGAGUACGUGUGAUUUGUAAUGAUAAUGAGUUGGUGAAAGGCAAAUAUAAACUCCAUAAUCAUGACCAUCAGUUACGUUUAAUCUCGGCAUCACUGCAUGAUGAUGAAGAAGAAGACGAAGAAGAAAAUAAAGAUGAUGAUGAUGAUGUUGAAGACGACGCUGAACUUGUUCAGUGUGGGUCGCUAAUAGUAUGUGAUGGAUGCACCGAUCCAAUUUCAUGGUGGUCAAAUUACAUAAGUUGUGGUGAUUGCAAUUUCUUUCUCCACUUAGCUUGUUUCCGAUUACCAGCGGAGCUCCGCCGUCCUCCACUCCACCCUGAUCAUAUCUUAACCCUUCAAAUGUGUCCCAAACUCAGCUCUGUUUGCUGCUCCGCCUGUACAUUGUGUACAAAUGGGCUCUUCUAUAGGUGCACGAAUUGCGACUUCCAAGCUGAUAUCAAAUGCGUUUCUCUUCCCCACACCAUAAAAUACACAGCCCACCCACAUCAUCUCUACCUGUACAGUCCGGAGAGGGUGUGGACUCUAAUGUUCCUUGCCCGCGUGUGCAGCGCAUGUGGCGAUGAUCCACAUUACCAUCCCUGUUACAGAUGUGAUGUCUGCCAAAUCUCAUUUGAUUUUAAGUGUGUGUUGCUGCCGCUACAAGUGAAUAAUCGCAGAUGGGAUAAGCAUCCGCUGCCGUUGACGUUUGAUGCUACGGCCAACCAUCCCAGUGACUUCUAUUGCGAAGUCUGUGAAACAAAGAUGCAUCCCAGGAGCAGGAUGUAUCACUGCCGAGACUGCGAUGCUUCCAUCCAUCCCUGGUGCCUGCCAACGGUGUCGGGCGAGUAUCGGAACUUCAAGUUCGGGCAGCGAUGUGAUGUCGGGGCACUCCACCAACCACCUGUCGUGCAUCGACUAACAAAUAAGCUGCACUGCAGCAUUUGCUGGAAGAAGGUUUAUCGUACUACAGGAUUUCAAUGUGCUUCACAGAAUUGUGACUUCUUCCUGUGUUCAUACAGGUGUCAAUAUAAAAACUCCAUACGCGCCAUUGAUUGAGGAAAAUUUACAUGCACAAAUGGCAUUGGAAUAGUUUUCUCUUCCUCAACAUUACCUUGUUUGCCUUUCUUCUUAUUUAUUCUAUUCAAGUUUAUUGAUAAUAAAAUCUCCAUUCCACAA